AUGAUGAUACGAUUUUUGUCGAUUGAAGCGGGAUUCGACUACCUGGAGGAGAUCAACUUUAUCGGACCGGAAGUGGAGCUGUGGCGCGCCUCACUGAGUAUUCAAUACGCAAUCGACAUUGAGGCCGACCUCGACGAAGCCUUCUCGGAGAAUGUCUACUCGAACGGCGGGUGA